AUGGUUGACAUUGACAAAGCGGUCGCUGCAGUGAACUAUUCGCCGUCCUUCAAUUAUGAUAUAUCCGUGAUGCCAGUCGCUGAAGUCAUCACCACCUUAUCGGGGAUAAGUGCAAAUAUGGACACUGCUCUGCAAAUCUACGGGGCCGAAAAAGAUGCCCCUGGCCUUCCGGUGGCCAUUCGCGACGCGGCUGAACGAAUCCCGCUUGUCCAGUCCACUCUCCAAAAUGUUAAGCUACACCUGAAAGAACACAGCCUGCAUGAGGAUAGUUGUACCUCAAUUAAAUCUAUCCUAAAGGCUUGCAAAAUCAAGUCCGACAGCUUGCAAAAAAAUUUCGAAACAAUGGUCUCUCGGAACAAUAGACACGGGCUUGCCCGCUAUUUUACUCAAGUGCGGGAGGUGGCGAAGAGCAAGCGGAUUGAAGCACUCAUGAAGGGAAUAUUUGAAGAUGUACAUUGUCUCGCAGAGAAUUGUGCAGUAAAAGCAGCCACUGAAUGGCAGGUUGGGAAGCUCGCCGGAAUUAAAAACGAAGUAUCAGCAUUACCGCAAUCAGUUCCGGAGCACCACGAUUCCGUUUCGUUCCGCAAUUUUGGCACGGGCUCACAGAAUAUUUUGACCGGAAAUGGACCACAAAACAACAACACCAGCGCAGGUUACCAGUUCAAUGGCACAUUUACAGCACCCUUCCGAUUCCCCAGUUCUCCUACCACACCAUCUCCAGCACUGACUCGAUCUUCGAACGAGAGAAUGGGGACGUUGCAAACUUCUCUAGGCAUUACAACCACCAAUUCCUAUUCAUACGAUUCAUACGCCAUCGCAAUUAUCUGUCCUAUGGGCGUCGAAAUGGCACCUGUUCUAGCAACGUUAGAUAAAGAACAUUCAACCCUCCCUUCUGCCAGAAAAAGGAAUAAUUACAUACUGGGGGAGCUUAGCAACCACAACGUCGUGGUUACUGCGAUGCCAGGGAUUGGUAACAACAGUGCAACUGCUGUAGUCAUGCAGCUACAGAAUGACUUCAAAUCUCUGCGAUUUGGUCUGCUAGUGGGAAUUGGAGGGGGAAUUCCUGAUCUUGGCAAGCAUGAUAUCCGUUUAGGCGACGUUGUGGUAAGUAAACCAACAAUGGGUUUUGGCGGUGUUGUCCAGUUCGACCGAGGCAAAGUAAACACGGAUAGCUGCUUUGAGAGAACCGGCCACCUGAACAAACCUCCAGCAGUUCUGACAGCGAGUCUUGAGACACUCAUUGCGCGGCACAAAAGAGAUAUGGUCGUUAAACGGACUUCACGAGCAUCGAUCGCACCUGAAAUCCACUACGGAACGAUUGGUUCCGCGAACAUCGUAAUCAAGGAUGCGGAUACACGCGAGAAAUUAAAAGAAGAGCUGGAGAUCAUUUGUGUAGAGAUGGAGGCGGCCGGUCUUAUGGAUGAAUUGCCAUGCCUGGUUAUCAGGGGCGUUUGCGACUACGCUGACUCACACAAGAAUAAAAGGUGGCAGCCGUACGCAGCUGCUACAGCUGCCGCAUUUACAAAGGAGCUACUAUCCGUUGUUCCUCUUUGA